UUCUGAUCGCGAUUGAAGUGAAGUAUUCAUUCAUUUCUAAUUGCGAUUGCGAAUGCGCCGCAUGCAAAUGUAACAACUUGACCCAAACUUUGAUAUCGGUUUAUUUGAUGCAAUCGGAGUGUUUGAGAGCAUCAACAUUUUACUGUGGUGUCAAAGUAAUCAGCAUUGUUUGGAAUUAGCCAGAAAGAAUAUGAGCAGUGGGAAGGAGACAGCUUCUUUUGCCUUAGGUUUAGUAAGUGUUGUUAUUUGGGUUGUUGCUGAGAUACCUCAAAUAAUCACUAACUAUAGAGCAAAAUCUACUGAUGGUCUCUCUGCAACUUUCUUGAUCACUUGGAUUAUUGGAGAUCUAUUCAACGUAUUUGGGUGCAUGCUGGAACCUACAACUCUCCCAACUCAAUUCUAUAUGGCAGUGCUAUACACCAUUAUAACAGUUUCCCUUGGUUCACAAUCCAUUUACUAUGGAUACAUAUAUCCCCAAUCACAGUACAAGAGACAGCUCAAGGUUGAAACACCAACAAAAGCUGGACAAGUAGAAAAAGUCAGUGAUGCUGAACAGAGUCAUGAGUUUGAUGCUGAACUGAGUUCUCCUAUUCCUUUUCCAGAACACCCUCCAAGUAUAUUUACCGGAAGAGAAGACUUAUUCUACCAGUCAGCAAGAUCUCUGACCAUGAGUCACACACCAACAGCAGGAUCCUUCUUGGCCCAGAGAAUGACACCACCUACUUCUCCUUUUCUAGAUUCUGUAGAAGAGAAGUUGCUUGGUUCAGAUGUUACCACGCAAUCUUCCCCAACUUUGAAGAUCAAAUCUACUCUAUGUUUGGUGUACACAUUAAGUUUUCUUGGUGUUAUCAAUCUGUAUAAAUCAUUAGAUAAAGGAAUCAAUCCCGUGGUCUCAAACCCAAGACAACAAUUCGUGGUUUAUGUUGGAAGAAAGCUUUUUCAGGUUAGUGGAGAUCAGUUGUUGGAAAAUGGUGCAUCAGGAAACAGUAGCAUUGGGACCUUCCUUGGUUGGGCAAUGACAUUUGUAUAUUUGAGUGGAAGAAUGCCUCAAAUUUUUUUAAAUAUCAGAAGGGGACAUGCUGAGGGCCUCAAUCCUUUGAUGUUUCUGUUUGCUUUAAUUGGGAACUCCACUUAUGUUGCAAGCAUACUUGUGAGAAGCUUGGAUUGGUCAACAAUCAAACCAAAUCUACCAUGGCUGGUAGAUGCAGGAGGGUGUGUUCUUCUUGAUUUUUUCGUAUCCUUGUAUUUAUGUUCUAUCAAAUUAUUCUUGCAAGAGAAAAGUGGAUUAUACAUAGUUUUAAGUUAUAUGUAGGAUCAGCAAUGAUAGCCUUUGGAGUUUAGUUUAUUAUAUUAAAACGUUAUGCAUUGAUUUCCGGAGGCCUCUUAGACCGGAAUAUAUAUUUUCCUCCCUUUUCAUAUAAAUUAAUAAUAAUUCUGGUUAUAGACACCGAGGAAGCAAUCUAUUAAUAUAAUAAUUGUUGCCUAAUAUCAUAAUAACUGCCUAACUGGUUCAGACCAUUCACUUUGAACCUCUCAGCUGCCUCUCAUAAUGUUUGCUAGUAAGAGGUCUGAUAUAUGUCUACCUUAAUAUCUAUUUUAGAUUUUAUUGCAGUUUUUAUAUUUUCGCUGUCGGACCUCCUCAAGCCUGUAGAUAAAUAUAAACAUCAGACUGCUUCUUAUUGAGGAAGAAACAAGGAUAUUUCAGUUGACCGUAGCUAUUGGUGAUAUCCUCCGAUUUCAACCACAGCUGGGUUAUUUCAUAAAGCUGACAUGAUGUAUGUUCAUAGCAAUCUUUCAAUCUCCACCAAGUUGACCUAGAUAUGUGAGCAUGAAGCUGAAUUGGUGAAUGGUGAUAGCUGCACAAUUGUUAAAAUCAUUGGCCUGGUGACCAUAAAUACAAAAGGAAGUGGUUCUGCGCAUUUGAGCAUGCAAUUUUUUGAGGUUGAUGCCACCAUUUUGCAUUCCUUUUCAACUUGUUAGCUUUCGACCUGAGAAUUUCAACAUGACAUUAUUGAUUCCAUUUAUCAAGACAUUAGUUUAGUUAUUCUUCAAUUUUCAAUCAGCUAUUGUGUUUUGUUGGUCUAAAUCAAUAGAUAACCAAUGGAAAAUGCUUCGAUUUAUGAAGUUCGGUCCUAAAUUUAAAUGUUAUUUACUAGAACUUGCCGCAUAUACUGCGCAUAUCAUAUAUUUGUAGUCAACAGUACACUCAACAACAGACAUGGUAAAUUAGACAUCCUUCGUAAUCAUGCUCGACUUAGCUCCA